CAAGCAUACUGCAUGCCUCGCAUGUAAAUAAACAAAAAAAAAAGCAAAAGAGAAAAUAUGGACUGUGCACCACUAAAUUUGGCACAUUUCCAUGAGCGUCGCUCUGAACGUUUUAUGCGUCACCACCGUUAUGAAGAGGCUAUUAAAGCGUUAGAGACAUCACUGCUCUAUGUGCAGGAUGCCUACAAGAAUAUAGAACUUCCAAAGUCCAAAGAGAUUCUGGACACGCUGACACUCGACUUUCAGCGAAAAUUGCGGCAAAUUGAAAUGCGUAAAACCCAGCAUGGAUUGACCAAAAUGAAAGACUUUGUGCCACUUAAGGAAGCAAGUCCGAUGCUGCCAUUGCGUCCAGAAAAUACUGGAGGUUCUGCGCAAUCGGUUGCCAAGGCGAUUGACAAAACUGUAAAAGAAUUUGAUGCCAAGUUCACUUCCACUAUAGAGCGCAGAGCAACUCCUACGUUAACUGAAUUGCAAUCCGACAACAAAGUAAGAAAUGAUUCCCAAACGGAAAGCCAAGAAUUUGAAGAAUGCCCCAGUUCAGAGCAUGACAUGCCGUCGCUAACGCCCCUGGAACUACCGUCAUUCGAUUACUCCAUGUUCACCACCUCGUCAGCACCCACAAUGACAAGCUACGUCGGCAUGGCGGAAUCCUUUCAAAAGUAAUUGUGAUAAAUAUGCUUAAAAUAAACCAUUUUAGUUUUCAACA